UCAAAGCAAAGUAACCUUCAAAAUACAGCAACCUUGGCCUCUUUUUCUGCACAUCCCUUAUCUAAAGAUGCUUACUGGAGACAACCCAUUCAAGUUCAACAUCUCGUUUUAUCUUCCCUGAAAUUAAAAAUUGUAUGGGGAUUACAUGGAUUGAGGUCUGUUUGAUAUCUGCACAUGGACUUCAGCAUUCAACUUCACUGUGGAAGCGUCAAUGGUACGCUGUUGGAUGGAUUGAUCAUGACAGCAAAUAUUGCACCAAAGUUGAUGAUUCUGGGAAUGCAAAUCCUGUUUGGAAAACCAAGUUUGCCAUUCCUGUUGAUGACUCGGAGCAAAACAUCCAAGAUUUGGCUCUGAACGUGGAAGUUUACGGUAUAGACCCCGUAUUCUUCACAGAAAAGCUUCAUGGCUCAGCAACGAUUGUUCUCAAAGAGUUUCUUGUCAAGCAGGCAGAGAAUUUUGAAAGACAAGGGGAAGUUGGGAGCUACCAAUUACGAAAGAGGAAUUCCAGCAAACCAAGAGGUUUCAUUGACAUUUUAAUUCACAUUUCUGAGGGAAAGAUAGACCCAAAUUCCCACACAGCUGAUCUACUUCAAUAUACUUAUAAUGGGUUGCAUAAUUUGAGAGGAAGUUGGCUCUUGAUCAGUGUUGUUAAUCGUGGAUUGCGGAAAGUCAAAACUCCGCUAUGUCAAACCCUCAGAACGGAAAAUAGCGGUAGCAAGGAAGGAAUCAUGCUCUUAGAUCAUGGAGACAAUACCAAAUUGAGCGAAGAGGGAGAAUUAAGGCAAGCUUAUCCGCAGAAGCAGCCUCAAGCUUCAAUUCAUGAACUAGAAAGUCAUGUUCAAACAAAUAUCCAAGACUCUUGUUCAGAGCCCUUCAAUAGUACAAUCUAUUAUGACCCAUAUGUGGGUGAACCAAGCUAUCUUCCACCUAGAACUAAAACUAGAACUCCUCCACCACCCCCACCUUCAAAUGUUGGCUAUAUUCCCACUUUUCUCCCAAUAAAUGAUUUCCUGCCUCCAAGCUUCCCAGACAUGCCUCUGUCAUCCAGGGCAGCCCCUAGUCAAAGGGUGCCUCCAGGUGUUGCGUUGGGGAUAGGUUCUGGGGCAUUAGCAGCUGGUGCUGUAAUAUUUGGUGAUGACUUCCUCUUAGGAUAUGAUGUUCCUGAAGGCAUAGGAGAUGAUAGUCUUGACAUCGAAACUGAUCAUUCUUUCUGAACAAGCAUUAAUCAAAUCAAAUAAUUAUAUUUGGCUGCACAAAUAAUGCCAUUGUAUAAGGUUUCCCUAUUCUUAUAUAUAAUUCUGAAAGAUCAAGUUAUUGUUUCU